GGCAGUUGGAAAGCGACGCACGAGUCCGCGCGCGGGUGUUUUUUGUGGAUGGCAAUGUAUCGAUUAUAUUGAUAAAAUGAUUGCUUUUGUAGUUGUUUUUUAUUGUUAUACUUUACCUUGAAGAAAAGUGCUUGUGAAUGGUUGCGAUAGGUGCGCCGUUCAGGUGGUGACGCUCGAUGACACUGGUGCGGCGUGGCCCUCGUCGGAUGCAACGGCGAGAAAAUGGCUUCGGUUGGGGCAGAAAAUGAAAGAACCUCUGAGAUUCAGCCCCACGCUUCCGCUGAAGAAGAUCGUACUGGACCUGUUUUUGCAAACGGGAAUGGAGCUGGAAAUGGACCCACUCCUAAUAAUUAUAUUCCUGGAAAAUCAAUGGGCGAUGCCUCUCAACAAGGCAGGGCAGUAGGACCAGGAAUGCAAAUUUUUGGAAUAGCUGGCCAGCCACCACGGUACCUUUCCGCCGGCGGUGGGUACCCUCCGAGAAUGCUGCAGCAGUACCCAGGCUACGGUCCAUCUGUCCCAGGCAGCAUGGGCUACAUGUAUCAGCACCAGCAGCUGGCAGCCGAGGGGAAGCCGGGCGGCCCGCCUCUGAGGCACCACCCUUACGCUGGUGCUCCAGGCGUGCCCCGACCUCAGGCCGCUCCGGGCCAUGGAUACCCUCCGGGGCCGUGGGACCAGCACCGUCCUCCUCCGGCCGGGUACAGUGCCGCGGCGCGGCCCCGGUCGCCGCAGCUGGUGCCGCCGACAGCCGGCCAGCUGGCGGCGCACCGACCGCUGCCAGCCCGCUCUCCGCAGCAGCCGCAGUCCCCGCAGCACCUGCAGCCGCGCUCCCCGUACCAGCCGCCGCCGCCGUCCCGGUCUCCGCACCAGCAGCUGCAGCAGCCGCAGUCGCCCCAUCACCAGCUGCAGCAGCAGCAGCAGCAACAACAGCCGCCCCAGUCGCCUCACCAGCAGUUGCAGCAACAGCAUCAGCAGCCGCCGUCUUCUCCGCAGCAGUUGCAGCAGCAUCCCCCUCAGUCCCCGCAUCAGCACCUGCAGCAGCAGCAGCAGCAGCCUGCUCCUGCGCAGUCGCCUCAUCAGCACCAGCCGCCUCCGUCCCCACACCAGGAUUUGAGACAGCCGCGACCGCCGCAGUCGCCGCAGCAGCAACAGCAGCUGCAGCAUCUUCAACAACAGCAGCAGCAUCAGCAGCAGCUGCGACCGCCGCAGUCGCCCCAGCAGCAGCUGCGACCGCCACAGUCGCCGCAGCAGCAACUGCGACCUCCGCAGUCACCCCAGCAGCAGCUGCGACCCCCGCAGUCACCCCAGCAGCAGCUGCGGCCACCGCAGUCACCGCAGCAGCAGCUGCGACCUCCGCAGUCGCCGCAGCAGCGGCAGCAGCCGGUGCCGUCUCCGCAGUCUCAGCAGCCGGGCUCUCGACCCUCCAGCCGGCAGUCGGCCGCAGACAACCCGGAGCAGACGGCAGCAGAGUCGGCGGCGACGCUGCCCGAGCACGAGUCAUCUCCCCCGGGCGGACGGUCCGCAGCAGCAGCUGCAGCUGCUGCAGCCACGGCCGCCGCCGCUGCCGCCGGCCGACCGACACCCAUGUCUCCGGCAGGAGGUCAGCCGGUAGUGGGCGUGCCCCCUCGGCCGUCGGCUCGGCCCGACCCGUCUCAGCGGCUGGCGCCGAUGCCAUACGUGCCUCCAGCGGCCGGCAAGCCGGGAUACAUGCCGCACCCCGGAUACCGCGCGCCGGGUCCGGACUCUGGAUACCGACCGGCCGGACCCGAGCAACCCUACCGACCGCCGGGACACGACCCCGCCUACCGGCCGGGCCAGGACCCUGGAUACCGACCCGGACAGGAUCCCAACUACCGGCCACCUGGAUCCGGCCCGGAUCCCAACUACCGAUCGCCUGGAUCCGCUCAGGAUCCAAACUACAGGCCACCUGGUUCUGGCCCGGAUCCCAACUAUCGGCCGCCCGGGUCCGCUCAGGAUCCUAACUACCGACCGCCUGGGUCCGCUCAGGAUCCCAACUACCGACCGCCUGGAUCCGCGCAGGAUCCCAACUACCGCCCUCCGGGAUCCGAAGGCCAGGGUCCGCCGCCGCCGCCGCCCGGAGCGACACCCAUGCCUUACGGAAGUCACGCCGGGAUGUACGGGUCACCGUACGGGCGUCCGGCCCCGGCGCCCCCACCGGGAGCCCAGCACUACCCCGGCUAUCCGGGCCAACAGCCGUGGCCGGCGGGCGCCGCGCCUCCGCCGUCCGUCGGAAAGCCUGCGCCCGGCUCGCCGCUCUCGACGCACUACCUGCGCCACCAGAUAUCACAGAAGCUGCAGUACGGGCCCGGACAGCCGUCGCGGCCCGCAUCCCAGGGCAGUGACAGCGGCGGCGGGGGCGGAGAGGCGCUCGCUCCGCCGCCGCCGCCGCCGCCCGGCCCGGCUCUGAUGGGCCCUGACGGAACACCGCUGGACGAGGGCUCGCAGCACAGCACGCUGUCCAACGCCAGCGCCAACUCUGAGGAGGCGUGUCGGUCACCGCGGCGGGACGGCAUCGGCCAGGCGCCGCCGCCGCCCCCCUCCGGCCUCACGUUCCCGGGACCGGGCCUGCGUCCACCGUCAGUGCCGGGACAGGAGGAGGACCCCGCGGCGGCCGCCAGUCCCGGGGGUCCGCCGGCCGGGCCGCCCGGGCCGACCGCCGCAUCGUGGACCAGGUCACCGGGCUCGGCUUCCAGCGAUGCCCCGCCGAAGGAAACGUUCACUCCAUCGUCAAAGAAGGCAGAGAGUCUAGGCCGACUGUUUGAGAUGGACGAUUCGCCGGGCCGGCGGGAGUGGGUGAGCCGUCUGCUCUCCUUCAUGGAGGAGCGCGGCACGCCCAUACUGCAGUGUCCCACCGUCUCCAAACAGCCGCUCGACCUGUUCAAGCUGUAUCACUUCACCAAGGAACGUGGCGGCUUUGUCGAGGUGACCACGAAUAAAACUUGGAAGGACGUGGCCACUGUGAUGGGAAUCGGCGGCAGCUCGAGCGGCGCCUACACGCUCCGCAAACACUACAUGAAGCACCUGCUGGCGUUCGAGUGUCGCUUCGACCGCGGCGGCGCCGACCCCGCGCCCAUCAUCGCCAAAUUCGAGACCAAGAGCUCCAAAAAGGCCAAGCGCGCCUCGUCGCCCGGUCCCCAGGACAGUUUCUCAAACUCUGGGUCUCUGGACGGUUUCCCGGGCGGUUAUCCUCCCGGCUACCCGCGGCCCGAGUUCAACGGCAAUGGUCCGGCAGUGCCGGGGCAGGGUUACCCGGGCCACGGCUACCCCGGCCAGCAGCCACCUCAGCCCGGGUACGGACAGUACAUGCCGGGAGGGCCACAGCGACCGCCGGGCGCGCCGCCUCCGGGCCAGGAGUACCCGCCACACUCCCAGCACGGGCAGCACCCCCAGCAGCAUCCGCAGCAUCCACAGCAGCAUCCACAACAUCCCCAGCAGCAGCAGCAGCAGCAGUAUAUGCAACAGUACCCCAACAGGAGUUACCCGGGCGGCGCGCCUCCGGCCGGCCCGCCUGGCGCCGAGUACCGGUACCCCGGACCUCCUCCUGGACCGACCACCUACGGCGCCCCGCCGCGGCCGCCGCACUACCCGGGGGGCGGCCCGGCAGCUCCGCGCACCCCGCCGCCCCCGCCGCAGACGGCCGGCGGCGGCAGCCCGGCCGCCACGCCGCCCCCGCCCGGCUACGGCCCGCCGCCCGGAGGGGAGGGCGGCUACCCGCCGGCCACCUCCUCGGCGGCGCCGGCCGCCGGACCGCCAGGACCCUACACGCCGGCUCGGCCGGGCGUCAGUGCCGCCCCGCAGUCUCAGCUGGCCAAGCAGCUGUCGGCUCCUCCCGGCCAAAGCGUGCGACCCCCGCCGCCGAUGAUGGGCGCAGUGUCGAAACCGACGGGCGCCGCGUCGUCUCCGACGCUGUGUCGUCAGCUGGCGGCGCCGCCGGCCGCGCUCGUCUCCCCGGCCGCCCAGCAGCUGGGCGUCGCCCGACACGGCGUUCCGUACAGCCACGCCCCGGCGUCGGUGUCGGGCGGUCCACCGCGGCCCUACAGUCCCAGCGCUGCUCCGCCGCCGCCCCCGGGGGCUCUGCCGGUGCCGGGCGCAGGCCGGCCCGGCCAGCCGCCCGUCUCGGCGCCCGGCGCCGCCGUGCCCUACAGCCAGCACCAGGCGCAGAUGGCCCAACAGCAUCAGCAGCAGCAUCCACAGCAACAUCAGCAGCAUCCGCAGCAGCAGCAGCAACAACAGCCUUACGGCGCGUGGCGUGGCGGUCAGUACAGCCAGUGGCCGCCGCGGUACCCGGCUCCCGGCCAGUGGGGCGGCACCACCACCUCCACAGCCCCACCCGGCGCCAGACCAGCCGGCCGGCCCGACAGACCCGGCGUGACGGCCAAGCCGAUGCCUGCCUCGUACCUGCGGCCCACGUUCCCGCCUGACAGCGUGGAGGCCACAUUACCCGUCCUGGCGCGGCGGCGGCGCGGCACACGCGCGGACGUCGGCCCCGUGGACGGCUGGCGGCUGACGAUGGCACUGCGCUCCGGCCAGCUGGCCGAGAGCCGCUGGGCGCUAGACGUGCUGCAGAUCCUGUCCUUCGACGACGCGUCCGUGUCGUGGCUGGGCCUGGCUCGCAUGCCCGGUCUGCUGGCGGCGCUGCUGCAGCACUUCCGUCAGUCGUUGGCGGCCAUGUUCUCGCGGCGCGCUGCCGGAGAGUGGUUCGAGGGAGGCGCUGAGGGGGAGCCGGAGCCGGACCUGGGUGUCUGCCGGCCGGCCGACACCACGGACAGCGAGAAGGUGCUGCACGGCGCCGACUACACGCGAGUGUCCCGUCUGGGUAGGGCCGUGGAGCUGGCCGACUGUUCGGAGACGAUCCUGGUGUCGCCUCGCCGGCGCGCCUGGGAGGCCGACUCUGCCGACGCUGACGGCGGCUGGGACCACGUCCUGACGCACGUGAAAGUUGAGAGCGGCCGGAUACCGUUCCAGCGGCGGCUGGUGGACGGACGAAUCAAGGAGGAGCCCGCAGACGAGCCGAUGGAAGACGCCCCGAAGGUGAACGGCCAGGCACCGCUGGACGAGCGGCUGGCCGGCUUCGAGGAGCCCGGGUUCUUCCUCAGUCGGUUGAGACGUGUGGCUCCUCCGGCGGACAGUGGGGAAGGCGUAAAGCCUAGUGCGGACGACAACGUAAAGUCCAGUGCGGAAGGGGACGUAAAACCUGGUGGGGACAGUGAUCAGGACGCAAAGCCGAAUGCGGACGGUGUGAAAAGUGAUGCAAAGCCCAGUGCGAACGAUGCGAAGGGGGACGCGUGCGAUGCGAGUGUAAAACAGGAGGCAAUGGAUGUGGACAUGAAGUUGGAGCCAGGCGAGCCGCCGGUGCAGGAGGGUGAGACGGCUGUCAAGGCUGAGCCCGUCCCGGCAGAGGAGGGGAAGCCGGUCGCUCUGCCGAAUGGCACGGUGUCUCCUCCCGCGCCGGCGCCCAGCGGGAUCCUUCCGCGCGGCUCGCUGAAGCGGCCGCCUCCCGACGAGGAGGACGAGUGCCAGCAGCGGGACGAAUCGAGCCUGUUCCUGACGUCAGAGACCCAGGAGAGCGUGGCGACUCGCUGUCUGGCUGCCAGCACCAUCCUACGGAAUCUGUCCUUCGUCCCGGGCAACGAGGCGGAGCUGGCGACCGAGCCGGUUCUGGUGCUGCUCGGUGACCUGCUGCAGCUGCACCACCGGCACCCGCCGCGCGCGGCCGCGCACACAAACUACGACCGCGACGAGGAUGCCGACCAGCGCGAGCCGUGCCCGGCAUUCGGUGGCGACGACUGGUGGGCCGACUUUCUUCCGGCGCUGCACGAGCACGCGCUGGUGACGCUCACCAAUAUUGGCGGCCAUGUGCGACUGGGUGGGCACGACGAGGCGGUGGUGCGGCCCGUGCUGGACGGUCUGCUGCACUGGGUGCAGUGCCGCUCCUCGUAUGCGGCCGACCCGCUGCCUGUCAGCGGCGCCGCGCUGCCGGCCGCUCGGCUGGCGCUCGAGGCGCUCUGCCGGCUCUGUGUGCACGCGGACAAUGUGGAUCUGCUGCUGGCCACGCCGCCCGGCUGGCGACUGGAGCGCGUCUGCCGACUAGCGGCCGGCUGGGUGGCAGCUGAGGGGGACCAGGUGCGCAGGGAGAUGGCGCUCACUCUGCUGCACGCGCUGGCCGCAGUGGACGAGCGGGUGGGCCGCGUGCUAGCCGCCGAGACAGACCUGACCGCCACGCUGGUGCGCUUCGUGGAGGCGGCCGAACAGAGUGCCAUGAGCGUGGCCAACUCGCAGGGCGUGAAUGCGCUGCGGGAGAACCCGGACCUGAUGGGCACCAGUCUGGACCUGUUGGGCCGCGCCGCCGGCCUGCUGGUCAGCCUGGCGCCGCUGGCCGAGGCGCGGCCGGCGCUGGUGCGCUGCGAGGCGCGCCUGCUGGCGCUGGUCACCUCGCAGAUCUUGGACCAGCGGGUGGCCGCGCAGCUGUCGCGGGUGCUCUAUACGGUAGCACUGCCGGCCGGCGAGCGGGGAGUGUAG